CAUAUUGUGCGAGUACAUCCUCUUGUCCAGCAGGGAGCGGAAAACUGUCCUUGCAACAUGGUUCCCUCUCUCCAGCGCACAGACCGGCAGCAGCCCCAUCCAACGGGCAGCCAACUGGAGCCCUGAAACUACCCGAGGAGGAGGGGAGAAAGAGAGAGAGAGAGAGAGAAAGAGAGAGAGUGUGUGUGUGAGAGAGAGAGAGAGAGGGAGGGAGAGUGACAUGAGAAAGCAUCACCUUGUCUCCGCAACAACGUCAGACUCCACAUUUUGUGGAUGAACACAUAGGAUUGUGAGACUGAACCUGGGGCGACUGAAGUAUUCUAAAUACUACUGUCAGUAGUAUUUCUCCACCAUUUUAUUUAUAGGAAUUCACGUGAUUCCAUACAACAGUAGAACACUAUUAGAAGUGGCUAUACGGUGAGAAAUUGUCCCUGGAUCGCCUGGUGGACUGAAGCCUGAGGAAGGUUCGCUCCGGGUAACUGCGUUGAGCUCGACUGGACUGCACUUCCGGGAGGACUGUGUGAGGACAGUGACUGGACUUAUCGCCGGACGGAAUCACAGGACCCUAGAUAGGGACAAGAGACACGGGCGAGAAGAAAGGGGUAUUGCGAGGAGAACAGGAGUCUAUGCGGAGAGAGGGAGAGAGAGAGAGAAGGAGAGAGAGAAAGAGAGAGAGAAGAGAAGACACCAGAGGGACAAAUGACUGACCUGCCCCCUCGGAACUCUAUGUGGAUUGACCCUCUGAAAUCCAUGUGAUCAACACACACCCACGAAACACAAAGAACUGGGAAAGUCACUCCUCGUCCUUAGCCAGAGUUCACUGACUGCUCCAUCGGUAAUUUAUCCAGUGUGCUCCUCGUGGGAGCUCCAACACUUGGUAACACAGGAGUCAACACACACACACACACACACACACACACACACACACACACACACGCAUGUUAGUGACUCCCUCCUGCUCUCUGUGAUUCUCCUCCCCAGAGGUCUUUGGCUCGGGGCGAGCAGGUGUCAGCGCACAGCGCACCGCACGCGCCUGCUCCUGAUUGGUCCGAUUAAUGUGCGCUCAGACGCUCUCCCGCCACCACCACCAUUUUGGAUGUGACCAUGUGGGCUGAGGCCGGCGGUGCGGGCGGAGCGACUCGGCCCAUGUGACCUCCCCCUCCUGCCCCCUCACAGCUGGGAGGGAAAGCGUCUUGGACACCAACAGACAGAGCAAUUUACACCCAACGCUCAGACAGAAGGAGUGUGUGUUGACCCCAGACUUGGGUUCGCCAGGGGAGCUAAUCAGCCCAUCAGGAGUCGCAACACACACACACACACACACACACAGACACACAGGAGGCCGAAGGUCUGCGUCUGAGCGAGUGUGAGUGACCAGGAGUGGGCCGCCAUCGAGAGGGAGCGGGAGAGGGCCGGCACUGGCCACCCGGAGGAGUUCCACCAUGAUGGAGAAGCUGGAGCUCGGUGUUGCGGCGGUGUCGGUGGCGGUGUCCGCCGCCCGCUCCCCGAGCCCCCAGGUCUGCUCCGUGCUGCUGUCGCCCCUCUCGCCCCCUCCGGCGCCGCGCAGCGUCCAGCGACUGCCCAGCGAGCCCAGCAGCAACAGCGGAGACGGCGGGAGUCCGCCGACGGCUAAUGGCGGAGGGAGCCGGGGAGACGCGCAAGAUGGCCGCGCAGGCGCCCAGUCGUCCACACCUGAGCCCGUUGCCGUGGCGAUGGACGAGAGGGAGAAGAAAGAGGAGGAGGAGAAGAAGGUGGUGGAGGAGCUGGACAGGAAGGAGGGAGAUAUGGACACUCAGCCUGACGCCUCGGAGCCGACGACGACAACGCCACCUUCUCAUCCUCCUCAUCCUCCCCCUCUUCCUCCACCUCCUCCCCCACCCAGCCUUGUGCCUUUCACAGCCGAGCCAAAGGUGACUGUAACCUCCCCCCACAGUCGCACAAUGACCCCCACCUCCACCCACACCCCCACCUCCUCCACCUCCUCCUCACCCUCGUUGUCCACCCCAUCCCUGGCACCAGCCUCUUUCCCCCUCCCGCCCAACAUCCCGGUCAUCAGCCUGGGCCACAGCAAGCCUCCGCUGCCCCCUCUCCGCCUGCCCCCCCCGCAGCUGACCACCCUCCACCCCAUCCCCAACCUCCCUCACGGGCCCCUGGACGGUCGCCUCACCCAGCUCACCGCCCUGCCUGGAUCCAACGCUGCUGCCGGGUCCGCCACCGGCAUGCUCCCCUCUGGACCCAUGCUGCCCGGGGGGUACCACCUCCUCAACAGUUCCUUCCUGGGUCCACCUGGCGGUUUUGGGAUCUUUGGUAAUAACCGCAUCAAGAGGAGACCAUCAUCCCAUUUUGAAAUGGAGCUCCCUGAUGCGGGGCCUCCCCAGAAGCUGGCCCGGCGGGUGUUCACCAACAGCCGUGAGCGCUGGCGGCAGCAGAACGUGAACGGCGCCUUCUCGGAGCUGCGCAAGCUCAUCCCCACGCACCCACCCGACAAGAAGCUGAGCAAGAACGAGAUCCUGCGCCUGGCCAUGAAGUACAUCAACUUCCUGGUCAAGCUGCUCAACGACCAGGCCACUGACCGCUCCACCCAGCCACACGACGACGGCGUGCAGGACGAGGAAGAGGAGGAGGAGGAGGUUGAAGGGGAGGGCGAUGAGGAGGAAGGGGAGGAUGAGGACGUCAAGAGCGUCCGGCACGGACUGAAGCACAGCCGGCGCCCAGCCCCGCUGUGCGACAGGGACGUGGACGCCGUGAUGGCGUCACUGGGCGUGUCACCAGGCUCCAGUUGCUACGGCGACACGGACAGCGAGGAGAGCCUGGGGCCCAGGAGCGCCGAGCUCAAGGGCGGGGGCAUGAUGGAGAAGGUGAAGGAGCAGAUCCGGACGGUGGCCAUCCCCAGCCACCAGCGGUGACCCCCGCCGGCCACCCCCUGCACCCACAGACUGGACCGGAGGGACGCAAACUGACAAGUGGCCACGUGCGGGCAUAAUGGACACGGUGACUGUUGUUGUGGAUAUUUGUGUGUGCUCAAGAGUGAAACGUUUGAAAUCGUAGUUGAUAUGUAAGUGUAGUGGUUGUUCAGUUUACAGUCUUGCAGCUCAGUUGUUUUGUUUCUUGAUUCAUGGCAGCCUUAAUGACCAUAAUGUUUGUUUCUUUCUGUCCCGCAUAAUGCAGGGAACACAGAAGCAUUGCGAGGAAUAGAAUCUCAAAAAAAAAUCCCAUCUCAGUAAAAAUCAUGUCCCUUCGCGGGCUCCGUAGCAAUGAACCAUAUGUGAAUUUAUAGUGAGUCUUUUAUUUUUUACGUUUUGUAUCAAAUUUGUAUCAUAAAUAUUUCUGUCAUAAAUGACUCCAUCGUAAUGGUGUAAUGGCAAACACAUAUUUUGAUGCAGUGUGGUACAGACAAUGAGAUCAAUUAUCCCUUUAUUUCUGUGCAUUCUAUGGAUCUUAAUUCUUUGUGAGAGGUCUUUUUUACAUAUACACACAUACGCAGUAGAUAUAGAGACACCAAGAUACAUUGAACGCACAGGAAUGUUUUCUAGUUAUGACCUCAAAGGUAUAUCAUUGUUCCAAAGCAACGGAAGCAUUCAAAAACAAAAGCUGUCAUAAUACACUGUUCCAGUGCAGGUUUGUACAUAUUUGAAUUGGUCUCUAGUUAACUCUAUAAGCUCUGGAAUAGAAAUGAAUAGCAUUGUGUGGCCCAUAUCUCAUAUCUCUCUGUCAUGUUGACCAAGCAGCUUUUACUUGACGAAAGGGACAUUUCUCAGAAGGUAUUAAAGGGGCAAGGUAGCAUUUCUCUGUCUAAGCUUACAAUGGCAAAAGAUCAAUUUCAUCACAUAUAUUGACUUGAGCUGUGACUGGAAAAAGGGAAGAAAAACAUGAGCAUGUUAAUGUGUCAGAGUGAUCAUUCAGACACGUACUGUCACGUUUGAGGUUCUCUAAUUUUUACUUUUCAUGCAAGCAAUUGGGGAAAAAGUAACAUCUCCACAGUGGGAGGAUGUUGUGACAUUCAGCAUUGUAGAAAUUGUGGAAAUAAAUUAUCACUGAGCAACACUGUU